AUGAAAUCACCUAUAAGAAAAGAAAAGAAACAUCAAACUCACAAUCCUACUUCUUAAUAAGAGUAAUUCCAGUAGAAAUUACUAUAUCCAGGGUAGAUUAUAGCAGGAAGAUUUAAGUUGAUUGAGAAAGUAGGACAAGGUAGUUUUGGAUCGAUUUUUAAGACUGAAAAUAUAGAGACAGGGGAAAUCUGUGCAUCUAAAUUUGAAAGGCGAGAAUCGUAGAAAAAUAGUGUGAGUUUGUUGGUGAGGGAAAUAAAGAUUUUGUUGGAAUUGAAAGGGAUCGCAGGUAUUAAAUUGCAUUAUGGAAGGGUUUCCGUAGAUUCUGCAUUAUGGAAGAGAUGAGAAUUACAAUUUCUUCAUGAUUACAUACUUGGGUUAGAAUUUGGAGUACCUGAUAAGAAAAACCAAGAAGUUCUCACAAAUAAAUUGUCUGAGGAUUGGGUUACAAUUGUUGGACCGACUGGAGCAAUUGCAUUUGAAGAAUUUGAUUCAUAGAGAUUUGAAACCAGAGAAUAUAGUGAUUGGAUGGUAAGACAUUGAUGUGGUGUAUCUGAUUGAUUUUGGAUUGUCGAAAUAUUACAAAGAUAAUCAUGGAAAUCAUAUUCCUAUGAUUGAGAAGAAGGGUAUUAUAGGGACAGCCAGAUAUGCGAGUAUUGGAGCACAUUUAGGUGAGACAUGUUAAGUGUAAUUUUAGGUAGAGAGUAAUCGAGAAGAGAUGACUUGGAAUCCUUGGCAUAUGUACUCAUUUAUCUGAAUAAAGGGAAAUUACCAUGGAUGAACCUGCCUAUCCAAGAUAAAUCAAUUAAAUAUAGCAAAAUACUUGAAUAAAAGCAAUCUAUUUCUCAUGAGAAGUUGUGUGAUAAUCUACCUAAAUGCUAUUAUUUAUUAUUACAACAUGCUAAAUCUAGAGAAUACACUGAAUAACCUAAUUAUGCAUACAUAAACGAGUAAUUUUCAAAAGCAUUAGGUGAUUUAGAGUACAUAGACAAUAUCUCCUUUGAUUGGGAGAAGUUGCCUGAAAUGAAAUCUAAGAAAUCAAGAAGAUCUAAUUCACAAAAAAGAACAACUGAGAAAAAACCAAGGAUUUCUAUUACCAAAGAACAUUCAAUCGUUCAUGAAUCUAAAUAAUAACAACUGCCUCCUUUAUAAAUAAUCUAACAGACUCAACAGAAAAGUCAGGUUUCCUUUCUUAAUGUGCCUGAUCUAGACAGUUAAUCUCCAGAUAAGUAAUCAGGACUUGAUAGAAAAAGCAGAGGGGUAUUAUAUCAUUAAUCAUUCAGUACUUAAGUAGAGGGAGUGCAGGAACUACCAGAUUGAUGAAUUAUGAUCUUAGUUAGAUUGAGGAGGAUGAAAAUGAUGGAGACAAUCAGAACCAUACUCCUUUUCUCAAUGUGAAGAAAUAGAGGAAGGAUCUCAAAAGCUUUUCGGUCAUGUCUUAAAAUCAAGUAUUGAAAUUCACUACCUUUUGCAAACAAGCUGGCAAAACUAUGAAAGAACAACAGAUUGAGGAAGUCAAUUAAUUUUAUGGGUCAUUUGAUAACCUAGAUCUAAUUGCAAAUGAUGAAAUCCAUAUCUAGAUUCACAACAUUGGAGCAUUUUCAUUCAAAAAACAUUGAAUCCCACAUCUUGAUUGUCUAU